UUCCCUCUAGCACCACUUUCCCAACAACUCUGGUCUUUACCCUUGAAGGCCAUUCACCUCUCCAUGGCUAUCCCUGCCAGUGCCGAGCAGUAAAUUCCAGGGCUGGAGGAAGCUCACCCUCUCGCAGCCUCCACGUCAAACCAUGUUCCAAUGUGCUGAGCCAGUGGAAAAUCUGAUGUCCGUUCAAGAAACAAAGUGGUGAAGAAAGAUUGGCUGACCAAAGGAAGAAGUAUCAUACAGCAAGUCUUCACUGAUAGGGACCAAGUUAUAUCUGCAACAAGGUGAUCUCCAGCUUUGUGGGCUUUCCUCAGUCACCAUGAACGAUUAGGAACUCAGCUCUCCAAGGGAUAUAAUGGCCUGUUUUGUAAUAUCCCUAAACUACCACCUGAAAUGUGACUCCAGCUCCCUGUGAAGGGCCUGUCAGCUGUUUAUGGGAACUGUCGGUGAUUUGGCACUCUUGAGGAUUUAAGUAUUUAUUUUUUUAAGGACAACUCUUCUCUGUUUUGGCCCCACUGUUGGGUCAAAGCAGCAGCACUGUGCAAAAGACUGGGUGGCAGCAGGAAGCCAGGCAAUGGCAAACAACUCGUACAGUGGCGUGAAGAACUCCCUGGUGGAGGCCAACCACGAUGGGGAGUUUGGCUGCACACUCAAAGAACUGCGCUCCUUAAUGGAGCUGAGAGGUGCUGAGGCGAUAGGCAAAAUUGGUGAAUCUUACGGAGAUACUCAAGCACUCUGCAGCCGUUUAAAAACAUCACCUACAGAUGGUCUUAGUGGACAGCCAGCGGACAUUGAGAAGCGAAAAACUGUGUUUGGAAAAAACUUAAUCCCACCCAAAAAACCCAAAACCUUCUUACAAUUAGUGUGGGAGGCACUACAGGAUGUCACAUUAAUUAUUCUUGAAGUGGCGGCCGUAAUUUCCCUAGCCCUUUCUUUUUAUAGACCACCAGAAGGCGAAAGAGAGUAUUGUGGAAAAGCUGCUGGUGGCGUUGAGGACGAAAAUGAGUCAGAGGCAGGCUGGAUAGAAGGUGCCGCCAUUCUUCUGUCAGUCAUCUGUGUUGUGUUGGUGACAGCGUUCAAUGACUGGAGCAAAGACAAGCAGUUUAGGGGCCUCCAGAGUCGCAUUGAGCAAGAGCAGAAAUUUACCGUUGUCCGAGGAGGACAAGUUAUCCAAAUUCCCGUGGCUGAGAUCGUGGUAGGCGAUGUUGCACAAGUAAAAUAUGGUGACCUCUUACCUGCUGAUGGGGUCCUUAUACAAGGCAAUGAUCUUAAAAUCGAUGAGAGCUCGCUCACAGGAGAGUCGGACCAUGUGAAGAAAACACAAGAAAAAGAUCCAAUGCUGUUAUCAGGCACCCAUGUAAUGGAAGGCUCAGGGAAGAUGGUGGUCACGGCUGUGGGUGUCAACUCUCAAACAGGAAUUAUCUUCACUUUGCUUGGGGUUGGCGAAGAUGAGGACGAAGAUGAAGAGGAGAAGAAGAAAGAAAAGGAGGAGAAGAAAAAACAGCGAAAAAACAAGAAACAGGAUGGAUCAGUGGAAAAUAGAAAAAAAGCUAAAGCGCAGGAUGGUGCUGCUAUGGAAAUGCAGCCUCUCAACAGCGAUGAAGGAACUGAUGCAGAGGAAAAGAAAAAAGCCAACCUGCCAAAGAAAGAAAAGUCUGUUCUCCAAGGCAAACUAACCAAACUAGCAGUGCAGAUUGGAAAAGCAGGGCUGCUUAUGUCAGCUAUCACCGUCAUUAUCCUGGUGGUGCUGUUUGCAGCAGACACAUUCUGGGUCCAGAACCUGCCUUGGAUCAGGGAAUGCACCCCCAUUUACAUUCAGUUCUUUGUGAAAUUCUUCAUCAUUGGUGUGACCGUUCUGGUGGUGGCUGUUCCCGAAGGCCUGCCGCUUGCCGUAACCAUCUCCUUGGCGUACUCCGUGAAGAAAAUGAUGAACGAUAACAACCUUGUGAGACAUUUGGAUGCCUGUGAGACGAUGGGUAAUGCUACAGCCAUUUGCUCUGACAAAACUGGAACUCUCACCAUGAACCGCAUGACCGUAGUCCAGGCCUAUGUGGCUGAAAAGCACCACAAGAAGGUCCCCGAACCGGAAAGCAUCCCGUCCUCCACUUUAGACACGCUGAUUCUGGGCAUAGCUGUUAAUUGUGCCUACACUACUAAUAUCAUGCCUCCAGAAAAAGAGGGGGGUCUACCUCGUCAGCUAGGCAACAAAACAGAGUGCGCCUUGCUUGGCUUCUCUAAAGAUUUAAAACGGGACUAUCGGGCGAUCCGCAAUGAAAUCCCCGAAGAGAAGCUCUACAAAGUCUACACCUUCAACUCGGUCCGCAAAUCUAUGAGCACAGUGUUGAAGAUGGCGGAUGGUAGCUUUCGGAUGUUCAGCAAAGGAGCCUCAGAAAUUCUCCUAAAAAAGUGCUACAAAAUCCUGACUGCAAAUGGCGAGCCAAAGGUCUUCCGCCCGCGGGACCGAGAUGACAUGGUGAAAAAAGUCAUCGAGCCCAUGGCCUCAGAGGGGCUGAGGACCAUCUGCCUUGCAUACAGAGAUUUUCCUGCUUCCGAUGGUGAACCUGACUGGGAUAAUGAAAAUGAUAUUCUCAGUGGAUUGACAUGCAUCUGCGUGGUGGGCAUUGAGGAUCCUGUGAGACCAGAGGUCCCGGAUGCCAUCCGGAAAUGCCAACAUGCUGGAAUCACAGUGCGAAUGGUGACUGGGGAUAACAUUAACACAGCUCGUGCCAUCGCUUCCAAAUGUGGAAUCCUACAGCCUGGAGAUGACUUCCUCUGCCUGGAUGGAAAAGAGUUCAACCGCAGAAUACGCAACGAAAGAGGAGAGAUUGAACAAGAGCGCAUUGACAAAAUCUGGCCCAAACUAAGAGUUCUGGCUCGGUCAUCUCCCACAGAUAAACACACCUUAGUUAAAGGCAUUAUUGACAGCACAAUAGCAGAACAGAGGCAGGUAGUCGCAGUGACAGGAGAUGGUACAAAUGAUGGUCCUGCCUUGAAGAAAGCUGAUGUUGGUUUUGCCAUGGGUAUCGCUGGGACAGACGUUGCUAAGGAAGCAUCAGACAUCAUUCUGACUGAUGACAACUUUUCCAGCAUUGUGAAAGCCGUCAUGUGGGGACGAAACGUCUACGACAGCAUCUCCAAGUUCCUCCAGUUUCAGCUAACCGUGAAUGUUGUGGCAGUCAUCGUAGCAUUUACAGGAGCCUGCAUCACACAGGACUCUCCACUGAAAGCAGUUCAGAUGUUAUGGGUAAACCUGAUUAUGGACACAUUUGCAUCAUUAGCUUUGGCCACCGAGCCCCCAACAGAAUCCUUGCUGCUGAGAAAGCCUUACGGCCGCAAUAAGCCUCUAAUAUCCCGCACCAUGAUGAAGAACAUUCUCGGUCAGGCCGUAUACCAGCUGAUCAUCAUCUUUACGCUGCUUUUUGCUGGAGAGAAGUUGUUUGACAUUGACAGUGGCAGAAAUGCUCCCCUCCAUGCCCCACCCUCCGAACACUACACUGUUGUUUUCAACACCUUUGUUAUGAUGCAGCUUUUCAACGAAAUCAACGCCCGCAAAAUACAUGGAGAACGGAAUGUCUUUGAGGGCAUUUUCAACAACCCCAUCUUCUGCAGUAUAGUCUUUGGCACCUUCGUCAUUCAGAUAGUUAUAGUGCAGUUUGGAGGGAAACCAUUCAGCUGUGUGGCUCUGACCAUUGACCAGUGGCUGUGGUGCACUUUCUUAGGCUUUAGCUCCUUGCUCUGGGGACAGGUCAUCUCCUCAAUACCCACCAGUCGCUUAAAAUUCCUGAAAACAGCAGGCCACGGCACCCAGAAGGACGAAAUCCCAGAUGAAGAAUUGGAGGAGCUGGAGGACGUGGAUGAGAUCGACCACGCUGAGCGAGAGCUUCGUCGAGGUCAGAUCCUCUGGUUCCGAGGCCUCAAUCGGAUCCAAACUCAGAUGGAUGUUGUGAGUGCGUUCCAGAGUGGAACUUCCUUUCAGGGGGCUCUAAGGCGGCAGGCCUCCAACUCCAGCCAACAGCAGCACGAUAUCCGAGUGGUGAAUGCAUUCCGCAGCUCCAUCUCCCUCUAUGAGGGGCUGGAGAAGCCCGAGUCGCGAAGCUCAAUCCACAACUUCAUGACCCAUCCCGAGUUCCGGAUAGAGGACUCGGAGCCCCAUAUCCCCCUGAUUGAUGACACCGACGCAGAGGACGACGCUCCCACCAAGCGCAAUUCUGCCAGUCCGCGCAACACCACACCCACUCCGCCUUCACCCUCACCUUCAGCCUCACCUGCCACCACCGUGGCCCCCAGCACGCCGGUUUCCCCCUCCCCCAACCAGAACAAUAACGCUGUAGAAAGCAGCAACCACCUCGUCCCAGACGGCCCCAAAUCAGGAACGCCGUCAACCCCAGGGAGCCCACUACACAGCCUGGAGACCUCCCUUUGAUCUGACCCAGCUCCACACGGCUGCACCUGUUUCCUUUCCCACCACCAAGAAGCUCCACUCAGACAAACAGCCGGACACUUGUAGAGGAGAGACGAAGGUCUAAACGGAAAGGAGUCUUGAGUGAGCUUGGCUUGGGCUGGACUGAAAGAACAGCAAACAUUCAGAGGAAUGUACGGCUUGAUGUGGAUUCUUUGAUUUCUAUCUUUUCUCUGUUGGUUCUUGUUAAUACCCUGCUGCAACACAAGGACUCGGUCUCCAUCCCACCCUCCUUGGUAACUUUUUUUUGUUAGUUUUGUUUUUCUGGGUUGCAAGCGGUGAUUAUAAACUCAGAUUGAAAGUGACCUGUUUUUAUUACUCUAAUAUUAUUGCUGUUAUUUGAAUUGAGAAGGUGAGCUCGUCCUCUCGCCGCGAGGGUCGUCCUGUAAUGAAAGAACUUUUGGCUUCUCUUUUAUCUGGAGGAUGUUGUAUAUUUAUUUCUAUGGUCCUUCUCAUUCAAAACCUACUUCUGCUUUAUUGGCUGUUAAUAUUGACUUAUUUAUGUUUUUGGAAAAAAACAGGUCUGUUUACAAAGUUUGUAGAUAGUUAUUUUUUUCUGUUUGUAGGCAAAAGAGCUUCCUGAUGUGUAAUUCAGAAAACUGGGACAGUAUAAACAUUAUUGAGAGGAUUAUUUCAGAUACUGCUGUAUUUUCAGGAAAAAAGGGUGUUUCUAUUGAAACUUAACUAUUUUUGCCUGCAAGUUUUGUUAUAUAUUUGUCUAUAUAGAACCUUCUAGCCAAACCGAUGAACAUAAAGGCUUGUACAGAAAAAGAGGUCCACGAGGUGUUUUCACAGGAGACACUGCUGGAAAGACAACGGCCUCUCUCCACUAGCAUCGUUAUAAAUAUUCUUCCAUUACUUUAAUAGUUUUCAUGUGCACAAAAUGUUCUGGAUUCCCUUUUCAUUCAUUUUGUUGUGUUUGAGAAUUUCCACGUGUUGAAAGGUUCAUUAUUUUAAAAGGGAUUUUAGAAAACCGUCUGGGCCUGUACUUAACAAGCAUCUCACUCAGAAUCCAGCUGGGAGUUGGGAGGCACACAAACUUAUACCUCCUACAUCUGUUUUCAGCGCAGCGAGGUUCUCUUUAGAUCUGUGGAACGGUAGUUUAAAAACAUCUUUGUAGUCACAGUUGCGUCCUUUAGUGAAGCAGUUUGCUUUGCGGUUUAAAUCAUCCAGAUGAAGUUUAUUUUAAGGCUAAAACAAACUUUUUUUUAGUCACUUUAGUUCAACUUGGCACUCGGCCACUGAAUCAUGUUUUCAGUGAGGUAGUCAUACAGACUAAUUAUGAAUGUGCCUUGGCUACAACAGUGAUUUAAUUGAUCCUGAUCCAAUCAUUUACCACCUUCAGGAAACUCCUCACGGAGAAAACGCUCUUGUUUCUACAGCUAAAAGCAGGACCAAAUAAAAACCACCUUCGUUUCAAAUAUUUUGGGUUGGGAAGGAAUAAAAUCUCCUCCCAUUGGAUGCUUGAUAAUUAUAGAUCCUGGUAAUCAUUGAAAAAAAAUGUCUAUAAGCAAACCAUUAGCGCCUGCCAAUGUGCAAUACUGACAUAUAUUUACUCAGGCAUAAAAAAAAAUCCAUAAAAAUCUUCGUGUAUUUAGGGAGCAAAAUGUUUGUCGGGCAAAAAGAAAAAUAUCAGUUCAUCCACUUUUAAGAUCAUGCUCUAAAAGUUUAAAAACGUUUUCUGCUUUUUAAAAAUGUUUUAAUAAAUUUCGUUCGUGCUUUCUUCUUAAGCCUGUCCAUAAGACUCAUUUCACUCAUAUUAAAUGUUUCUGCAUUUGGUUUGUUUGUAAAUUUGUUUUGAAACCUAAAGUACUGGAAACGCUAAGGAUUGGACAUGUGCAUUUUUCAAGAAGAAAUACUAGGCAUACACUGGUAUCUAUCUGCACAGGGUACUUUAUACAUGCUGUACUGUGUUUAUAGUUUUCAAUAAAAGUUGUCACUGGA